CUGAAUUAGAAGCCAAGCGAGCACUCAUCUUUCAGCCAUUCGUUCAUUCAGUCAUGUCGGUCGCGAUCGAUGACCGGUUUCCGGUGGAGACACUCGUCGCGCGGAAUGGCGAGGUGUUCCAAGUUGCGAUUGCUGCUGUAGCUGCACGACCAACACUCAGAGACGUCAUCACGACUUUGCACCUUGUGCUGUCGGCGCCAGACACAACGUCCGUCGCGUAUGCAGAGCAGGUCCGCGAUUUGCCCACCGACUUUCCGCUCCUCUACAACGACAGCGUGUUUCUCGAGAGUCGUGUUUGGAUGGUCUUCCGGGCGGAGGACACGGCCAGGCAACGGCUGCUGGGUUCGAUAGCGGUGCAUGUGCCGCCAGCAACGGCAUCGACCGCACGUGCGCACUCGGCCGAGACAGUCGUUGCGCAGCCCGCCGCACACCUUCCAGAAGAUGGCGCCUCUCCGUCGUUGCAUGCCUUCUUCUUGGACGACUCGAUUCGCGCGGCCGGGCUGGGAACGCAGCUCCUCGCGCGCGCGCUCAACUACGCCGACGCCCACUCUGACCAGCUCUACCUGUACACGCUCCCGACCAUGAUGCCGGCGGCUUUGUCGCUGUAUCAGCGAAAUGGAUUUGUGAUGCACAAGCAGAUCGAUACGGACUGGUUCCGUACAUGGCGGAUGGUGCGAACUCGGCCAAAACCCGCCACCAAUCCGGCAGAUCUGAACGAGUAGGGAACGAGCGGGCGCGUCUGCUCUGAAUUGAUUGGGCUCUGUACUGUAGUUGUAUUCCUAUAAACUGUUACCGAAAGCCGCCGGACUCGAGAAAAUGCUC